AUGAUAACAUUAACAGGAUUAUUAGCUAGAAAUGACCAAAAUUGCUUUAAAAAAGCUCAAAACCUUGGAUCUCUAUUCGAAACUAAAGAGAAUUUUAAGAUUGAAAAAUUGAGAAAAUCUCGAAAAAAGGUUAGAACCUUACGUAACACUUUUCACUGUCACUUCGGAAAUAGGCAGGAAUCACAAGAACUACGAGAAAAUACCUUAAAUAGCACAAAUUUAUCAGAAAAAUUCACUAAAACAGUUGAAAUCUUGAAUGAAAGUCCUGCUGGAUCUUUACAAGGAAUCAGAAAAACAGCGGAAACUGGCCUGUAUGAAACUGGAAGUGACCUGAAACAAGCUCAGAGUCAUCAGGUGGCACUAAAUGUAUAA